UAUGACUAUUGUCUGUAUACUAUAUCUUGUUUCUAUAGCGGAAGGGAUUGUAACCUUGUUUACUUUUUGUAGAGGGUGGUAAUAAUUUUUAUUUGAAUUCACUGGAAUAUAUUCCCAGUAAAAAUGAUAAACAAAAAUUUUUGAAACAAAUUCUUCUAGGGACAGGGGGAAAAUAAUAAAGUGGUAUGUCUAAGCUUGAAAUAAAGUAUCACGUUAGAAAGCUAAAAGACAUGGCAGAACGCUUGUCUGGUGUGACAGUUGUGAUCUUCAUAGCUUUCGGUGUUCUGACAUUUAUUCUGUUGUUUAUAUUCGCUAAAAGACAGAUAAUGAGGUUUGCUCUCCGCUCAAGACGUGGACCCCAUGCACCUAUUGGACACGAAGCUAAAAAGCAUUUAAAGAGAGAAUUGGAGAGAAUGAUUGAUGUAAUACCACGUAUUGUUUAUGAGCCACCACUUUGGUCUGAAGAGGAUUCUCGCUAUAUUCUCCAGCCUGGGACGCAACUUCCUCCACACUACUUCAGAAUGAAAGCAGUUGAUGAUGUGAAAAUGUUAGAACAGGAAAUCGCAAAGCAAGACAGUUGUUUGGUUCGCCACCCUUCAGAGAAUCUCAGGUCGUACCUGCUGACGAUGCUCGCAGUGCCGCUUAAUGGUUUGGGUCAGAAGCUGGUGCAUCAGUUUUGUGACCUAUACGAACAUGCCCGGCACGACCCCAGCGACUUUGGGGAUGAAGAGUACCAGAUGUAUUCAAAGCUCUUACUGAAGUUGUUAGAUGCGUCGAGGAUGAUAAAGUCGUAUCCCAACAGCCGCAAAUCCAGCCCUGUUCGCACACCACAGAAAAGGAGUCAAGACAAGUACAGAGCUGUGCUGGAAUCAAAACUAAAGCCAGCCGACAAGAAGUGCAGCGAUGAGGAGAUGAUGCCGGCUGGCGACAAAGACAGACCGUCUUCUUUGACGGUGGCAGAGUCGACUAAGAACAGCGAGACUUCAGUCUGACAAAAGCUGCAUUCUCUGAACAGCUCAGAACAAGUGCAGGAUAAAGCUAUGACAGGACUGUGAAGAGAAACGGACAAUACUGUUUAUGUGUGUGUACUGUGCGUCCUGUAGCACAUGCAGAUUUUGACAGUGUAGUCUGUCAUUUUGAGAUAUUAUGCUGUUACCUUUUACAUUCACUCAUUAGUUUAUUACCUUCAAAUGAAUAAAAGACAAAUUUAUCAUGUUCUAUUUAAAGUACUUGUUACUGUGGUUCAUUACACUAGAACACAUUCAACACAAGGACAAUUAAUUACUAGUUGAUGUUCAGCUGAUUAUGUGACUAUGUAUUAUGUGACUGAAGUGAAUCUAGUCUGCCUUUUGUUUUCAUUAGUGAUGUUUGUGUGUUAGAAGUUAAUGUGUACAUAAAUGAUGUAAGGUAGUUGUUAACUGGACUUGGAUAAUGAAGGUCACAAGUAUUUUAAAAGGGUGCCUAAAUAAUUAAUUGAUGUGUAGAAUGUAGCUUUAACUGUGAAGAUAUUUUAUAGCAUAAUUAUAAACUAUGAAAAAAGUAUAUUAGUGAUGUUGGCCUGAAAAAAGUUACAGCUUUUUUUUGUUUCAAAAUGCUACAAACAUGUUCUCAUAUGGUAUUGAACAAUUGAAGUCAACAUUUAAUUGCUGAAAUAAUUAACGAGUAAGCAUGGAAGAAACAAAAGCAGACUGUUGUACAUACAGGCAGCCGGCAGUCGCCUCCCGUCUUCUCCCUCCUCUCUAUGACCUAUUAUUAAUGACAACUCACCCUGCCACUUCUGCAAGAGACUAGUAUUCAGUUACCUCCCUUAACCACCACUCCUGCUAGUUCUGCCAGCCCGUAAACCUUACCGUAGUUCUCCGCAAAUGGUCGUGAAAACUUAGAAAGGAAAAAGAAUUGCUGUACUAUAUUGUGCAUAACAUGGUUUCUGGUUUUCUAUUCCAGUUUGUUGUGUGUCCAAGUACACAUUUUUACUAAACUGCAAUGUGCUGCACCAUGGGUAAUCAGCAGCUUCUUUGUUUUCAUUUCUCCUCGUGCAUUGCAUUAAGUUAUAAUGGCAGUAACCUCUAGCACAAAACAGUUAUGUCUUCCAUUUAUGGUCAGUGGUUGGAAAGGGCUAAGUGAAUAAUUUUUUUUUCUUUUUUUAGGCAGAGAGUGCAUUUUUUUCACGUAAGCCCUAAAAGGUUUGUGCAGAAAUAUUUACAUGUGUAUGCAAGUUGAUGUGAUAUCAAUCUUUUUUUUGUAUCAUACUCACUCCGCUUUAUGAUUUCUCGAUGCCAAGUCAAGAUCUUUUUUUUUUUUUUAGAUUAAAAAUGUUUGCUACUUUUUUUUUAGCCAUAAAAAAAGUAUCAUUUCAGGUAUUCCCCCCCCCCCCUUCCCCCCAAAUGCUGGUUACCCACCAGCAAUGAAACUAUUGUCAAUAAAUUUGAAUGUUGCAGUGUUUUAUUAUUUAAAUAAAUGCUAAAUUCCGUUGUCUCUCAGCAUACAUAUUAUGUUUUUACAGAGAAUGUACCUAAUUGUUGUUUAAAAUACUGAUUUCUGUUGUUAAUUUAUGUAACAUAUCACAAGCAGAAAAUACAUUUUCCAGUAUUUUA